CUGAAAGAGAUGCCGCGUAUGGCCGAGAACUUGGCUGGGAAGCUUACUGGCAACUUCCGACCUAGUACUCAUCAUGCACGUACAGGCUCAAGAACGAACUCAAUUGUAUAUUCAACGUCAGGAUCUAUACCUGGAGAACGUAAAUUCACAAUUGUUGAAACAGAAUCAGGCGCGUUAGAACUACAGAAUGACAUAGGAUUCGUAGAUAUUGUUUCUGGUACAAAUAUGGAUGGCGUGCAACAUCUUCGUUCUGAUAAUGUUGUUACAAGAAAUAUAUGGAGAGCACUAAUUAUAAUUUUCAUAUUACUCGCUUUAAUACAAAUAUGGUCGCAGCUACAAUUAUAUUUUAAAUAUCCUGUUGCCACGAAUAUCGAAGCUGAAUAUCCACGUACCAUUCCAUUCCCAUCAGUAGCUAUAUGUAAUAAUAAUCGAUUUCGCUUAACUUAUAUAACGGGGCCACGUAUAUUGAAUCGGAGAGCCAAAGAGAAGGAUAAGUUCAAGACAGAUAUUACCGGUAAUUCAUCUAUAUUUGAUAAAGUUAUUGAGCAAACAUGGGAUAUGGAUGCUGUUCGUUUCUUACGAAGUGCCGCACAUUGGAAAUCUCGUAUGAUAUUAGGAUGUACAUGGCCCAAUGGAACAAGCUGCAAGUUGUCUGAUUUCAAAGCCGUGUGGACUAUGACAGGCUUAUGUUGGGCUAUUAAUACUGACAUUCAUAAUCCUGUGGAAGUGGCUGGAAGCGGAGCUACUCAUGGUUUACGCCUUCUUUUGAACGUUGAGAGUUAUGAGCGUGUUGAUGCUUGUACACCUCACUUCAAAUCUCGCUCUAUAUCAGGAUUGAAAAUAUUGAUAUUCAAUCAAACGUAUGUUCCGGAGAGUAGUUUGAAUGGAGUUAAUGUCCCCUCUGGUUAUUCCAUGGAUAUUCCAUUCAAAAUGCAAUAUAGAAACAAACUUCCUGGAGUUCAUUGUAUUGAAGAAACAAGAGAUCACAUCAAUGCUAGAGACGACUUCGACUCAGAAUAUAAUGUUCGAACAUGUUCAAUUCGAAGAUAUUUAAGAGAGAUCGAGAAUAACUGUAAUUGUUCUAUGAGAAGAGCAUUUUUGCCAAACAAUGAUGAUUCUUAUAAUAACUGUAAUGUUGAUGACUACUUCGGAUGUGUACAGAAAACUGUCAAAGCGGUGCAGGAAAUUGGAUCGAAUGCUAAUUGCCAGCCUCCCUGUCAAGUGAUUGACUAUACCGCUUGGCAGGAUAUGAAUAGGAUGCCCAGUAAUCUCAUGCCGACACUCAUUGAAGAGCAUGAAGAAGAGGAUGAAUCUGAUGUUGCUCAAGAAGACAUAGAUGAAGAUAAUUUUUUGGAAACAGAUCAAAAUGACGACGAAACGUUUAGUUGUAGUGACAGUGCUUAUCUGGACGAGAAACAAGUUUCACGAAUCAAAAGAGAUGCUCAUCGUGCUUAUGAAAAGCAAGCACGCUAUCAGGAGAAUAUUUUUCUGAGAUCAAAAAGGCUUAUUCUACGUCUCAGUUUAGCAAUCCAGUCAAUAAGUAAUUUGAAAUGGGGAUGGCAUGGAAACGAUUUCAAAGGAGUAUAUCAGCGGCUAAUGGACAAUGUAACCUGUUUUGCAACUUUCAGCCAAAGACAUGAAAGUAUAGCUAGUAUAAUGAAAAGCCGGCCACCGUUGAGUGAGGAGAAAAGAGCUAGUCAAAUCCAUUAUUUACUGGACGAAAACUCUCACCGUCAGAAUCCAUUUCGUCAUAAGACCAUAGGAGACGUUAAAGCUCACUAUGGAGACCGAGUUGAAGUCAUUCUCAAGGAAAUGCAAAACGUACUGCAGACUAUCGAAUUGAUGUGGCAAAUUUUCGAAGAAAAAACAUAUUUAUCCCAAUUAACGGCUGAUUUGAGCUUAAUGGAUCGAAUAGUUCAAUUGAUGACACAAUACGAAAGUGGGAAGUUACAACGAAGGGCAUGGGCAGAGAAGAUGCAAUCAAGAAAAAUGAGACAUUUCUUUGAUGAAGAGUUCUAUGAGGGGUAUUAUGCAACGAUAAUCAAGGAUUUGGAUCAAAGUCUUGUGAAAGUAAUUGAUCGACUUGAAAAUGAAGAAUGGUUGACGUUGAAGAAAAAUAUUGAAAACGGAACUGCUUUAAAGACUGGAGCUAUACUAUUUUUCGAAGAUCCUUCUGAAGAAAGUUUGAAAAAGUUCCAAGAGUUUUUGAUGGAUGUCUACGAGUGCAGUACAGGUGAGGUGAAGACAUUUGCACAUGAUCAGCUGAAGAAGUUUCGCAAGGCGUUCAGAGAGCUUCAGACUGCUUAUGCCAAUCUUUUCCGUAAGGAAUUACCUGACUAUUUGGAAAACUUUGAAUUCGGAUCCAAGUUUGUUGGAGAUAACUUCGCCAUGGUUAAUAUUUUUUUCCAUCGACUACAUAUGGAAAGAUGGAGCCAAGAUCAAACCUAUUCUAUAUGGAGUUUAGCAUGUGAUAUUGGGGGUGCAUUAGGUCUUUUCCUUGGAUUGAGCUUAUUAACUUUGAUCGAGCUGAUAUACUUGUUGAUUCAACACAAGUUUUUUUGGAAAAACCUCAAAAACUGUAAAAUAACUGAUUGUUUCACAAAAGAUGGACGAAAGAAGAUCUUCAAAAACAGUUAUAACAUGGAAAAUGACGAUUGUAGUCAAACGGCUUCAAUAAGCGACAUCAUAGAGAGAACAAUGAAAGAGCAACGUCUUAUUGAUACAUCUAACGAGCAGAAACCAAAACGGAGUAUAUGGACCAAUGAAAACCCAUAUAUGAUCGUGCCCUCCGAUGAUCCUGAGGAGGACGAAUUCUUGAUGCGACCAGAUUCUUCUGUUUCCAUACUGGAUAUGAAAGAACCAGACGAACUCAGUGGUUUCAACACAUCUGAUCAUUUAUAUGUAGAUGAUGCAGUGAAUAGACUCUCAAAUAUUCCGGAAGAAAACUCUAAGCUGGAAGAUAUAUCGAAAGAGCUUGCCAAACCAAUAUCAAAGGAAAACAGUCCAACGGAAGAUGAACAUACGGAAUCCAUCUCAACUGCACCCAAUAUCUUAUUCCGAAAAACAAAUGAACGGCAGACGGCCUUAUGA